CGGAAACAGACUAUCAUCACGUCACGUGAGCUCACGUGUUGUCACAUUAGACGAAACCUCACAUGCUGUCACGCCUAUAAUCACACUAUUUAACAUGUCAUAUCACUUGUAACUAUACAAUUCGCUGUUUAUAUUUUUUGUGUGUCUUGCAAAAUGGAAAGUGAGACCUCAACCAGUUCCUCAGAUUUUGAAGAAGACUUAGAAAACGUGGCUGCAUUUUUAAUAGUUGAUGAUGGAAUAAAAAGGAAGUGGGUGCACGAAAUAAAUAAACAGAGGGAAGAAUUAGGAGAAUAUCACAGAUUAGUUAAAGAGCUGAAUGAGCACCCAGAUCGAUAUCAUAUGUAUUUUCGGGUUACCAAAGAAGAAUUUGAUUUUUUGCACGGACUUGUUAAAGAAGAUAUCAAAAAGAAAAAUACCCAAUUCCGAAGGGCGAUAAGUACUGAAGAGAGAUUAGCGGUGUGUUUAAGGAUCAUUUUGCGCCAGGAUAUUAUCCGCAUCAUUAACAUCGUUUCCAGAUUGCCGCACGUCCUUGAAAGAAGAAUAGUUGCCGUCAGUAUGAUAAUAAAGAAUCAUAUUUACUCAAGGUUAUCACGGGCUAGGCGCAUUGUAGAAAACGCCUUCGGAAUUUUGGUCUCUCGUUGGAGAGUGUUUCGUAGACACUUUGAAAUACAACCAGACUUCGUGGAUAAAGUUGUACUAGCCGCAUGCUGUCUCCAUAAUAUGUUGAGUACAGAAUCAGUAGAAGCUCGACCUUGCUACUUUACGUUCUCCAAAAGCAGCCCUCCUAAAUAUUCAAGGAAUACGGAGAAAGCACGCUAAUGCUGCAUUCAGAACUCGAGAGGCUUUUAAAGAAUAUUUCAAUUCAUCUACUGGUUCUGUGCCUUGGCAAAUUGGUAUGGUUCGUAGAGGAAGAAUUUACAACGAAAAUCAUUAAUUAAGUACCUAUUACAACUACUUAUUCAUAACUAAAAUAAAUAAAUGAAAAUCUGA